AUGACUCGUCACAGCCUUCCAGUCCUCAAUUAUGGUCUAACUAUCAACUCCUGGAGGCAUAUACAGACUAUCUGGAAGCGGAAGUUGAGAUGCUCAGCCCAAGAUCUUUUAGAUGGAGAUACUGAGGACACCGUAGAUGCUUUGCAAGCAGGCCACUCUCGGGCGACAGAGAAUCACAUCUAUGGACUCAGUGUGGAGACUCUAGCAGGCCCAGCCGAAGAUGUGCUGCCAUUGUUUUUGAAUGCCAGUACCAUGUGGCAGAUCAAGUGCAAGACUGUCCCAGGCGAAGUUUUUCUUCCGUAUGCCCAGGCUCGAUCCCCUAAUAACAGUCCUCCUACAUCCAUCCUGGAUACCUAUCAGAAUAGAGGUGUGGUGUCAAAUACCUCACUAGCGUCAAAUGCAGAUGAUAUUGCCAACAAGAUAAUUGAGCUGCUCAUGCCAGUUCUUACUACUACAAUACAGGCAGCUAUCUCCAGCACAUUGACUAGUCUUCCUACAGCUAGACCAUCUCCCCUAUCUCCCCCAUUGCCAUCACAUCCAUCACCACCAUCACUGCCAUCACCACCAUUACCAAUCCGCAAUAGCUUCCCAGCCCAUCAAUAA